GUGUGUUUUUGCAGACAAGAUGCGUGCGCAUGCGUUCUUGAUAACAUUCGCUGGUCUCCUUGUGGCGGCUAUGGCCGCCAUCGGUGAUAAGUGUAGCACGGAGUAUGACUGUGGUUACUCCUGGCCGGCACAGGAGUGCUGCCGAAAGGACGGACAGACCUGGUCUAUCUACUGGUAUAACCACGACUUUUCCCAGCCCGAAGAGCAGGGUCAGUGCGGUGGGUUGGGGCAGGCGGGGGAGGUGUGCUGGACAGGGAUGUCGUACGACUACUGUCAGUGUGCGGACGGGCUGUCCUGUCAGCCGGCCCCGGACCAGCCCACGUCCGAGCCGGGGCAGUUCCCACUCAACAUCCACACCUGUCAGACCGCACCGGAGUACCCGCUGUGGGGGUGAUCUUCCCAGCAACACUGAUCAGCUGAACAGCUGCUCUACAAGUAGAGGUUGGAUGGGAAGAUUGUACUUUCUCCUGACUUGUCCCGAUCUCGUUGUCUUAAGCUUUACCACUCUCCAUUUGUUUAUGAAAAAUAGUAGAAAUUAUUUACGUAGGUUGAAAAUUGUAACUCAACGUGUCUUUUACGC